AUGGCUCCCUCCCUCCACCCCCUCAUCGACAACGGCCUUGUCAAGGGUCAGGCCGACUUCCCCGGCGGGAAGCUCCGCUGCCACUGCUCCUCCAACCCCAUUGAGAUCACCCUCGGCAGCAACGUGGCCCAUAACCACGCUUGUGGGUGCUCCAAGUGCUGGAAGCCCAAGGGCGCCCUCUUCUCGGUUGUUGCCGUCAUCCCCAAGGACAAGCUCCAGGUCACGGCCAACGGCGACAAGCUGAAGAUCGUCGACACCAGCGCCACCAUCCAGCGAUAUGCCUGCAAGGACUGCGGGGUCCACCUAUAUGGCCGCAUCGAGAAAGAACAUCCCUUCAAGGGCCUCGACUUUGUCCACGUCGAGCUGUCAGACCAGAAGGGCUGGCAAGAGCCCCAAUUCGCCGCCUUUGUCUCCUCCAUCAUCGAGCAGGGCUUCGACCCCAAGGGCAUGGAUGAGGUGCGGAGCAAGCUUCGAUCGGUCGGCCUGGAGACCUACGACGCCCUCUCGCCACCCCUGAUGGAUGCCAUUGCCACUUGGACCGCUCAGAAGGCUGGAGUCCUUCCCGCAUAG